CGUGACACUCGAAAAUGGCAUCUCAACCAAAGCGAGCGAGAGCCUUUAAUUUUGAUAUUGACAGAGAGGAAGUGCUUUCUCUUAUCAUGGAUGAUGCCCUUAGUGGUGAUAGCAGCUGUGGAGGGAUUUCUAGUUCAGAAGAAUCGGGUUUGAACUGAGAAAUACUCGCUGAAAGUGAAGAAUCGAGUAAUGAUCAUGAGGAGGAACAUCAGGAGACCAAUUCACCACCAACAGACUCAGAUCCCUCAUCAGGUGAGGAAAGUGAUCCAGACUUCAAUGUUCCCCUUUCUGCUGUGCAUUCUUGUAGACCUGUUAGAUCUGGUGCUGUUGGACAAGCCGAUGCUGUUAGACUAGCUGGUGUUGUUAGACGAGCCAGUGCUGUUGGAAGAGCUAGUGCUGUUGGUAGAGGAGUUGUUGUUGGCAGGCCCCAUGGUGCUGAUAGAAGAGUUGGUGUUGGCGGGGUUCGUGAUCAAAAAAAUGUCGGGAGAGGUGCUGUUGGAGUCCAGAAUGCUGCUCAACAAGGGGAAAAAAGCUAUAACCACCCAGAUACUAGCAAUAUAUUACCACCCUUUGCACCUAGACGGCCACCUGGCUUACACUCAGACCAGCCAUAUUUGAGAAACACUUUAACCACAGCCAUUGAAUUUUUCCAUUGGUGAGAGAUUUGUACCAGCUUGGGAUGCCAUGUACUGGUACCAUGAGAAAGUCGAAGAGAAUUCCCAGUAGUUCUCAAAAAUGGGAAGACUUGGGCAAGGGGAAGAGAUCGUGGAAGCAUGAGGUGGGACAGGACCCCACCUGUUCUUACCCUGCAGUGGAAGGACAACAAGGUUGUUUCCCUCUUGACAACCAUUGGUAAUGCCAAUGAAAUAUGUCAGGUGACGAGAAAGGUCAAGACUGGAAAUGUCUGGAGGCAGAUCAAUGUCCAACAAUCAGCAGCAAUCAAGCAGUAUAACUCGUACAUGAAUGCUGUUGAUCGCUCUGACCAGAUCUUGGCCAACAACAACUGUCUCGGAAAGUGUGUGCGUUGGUGGAAGACUCUCUUCUUUCAUCUAAUUGACAUAGCUAUUGUCAACAGCUAUAUUCUAUUUAGGGAGCAUAGAGCCAACAACCCCAAUGUCGAAGCCCUUCGGAGACCAAAGUCCUACUCAAUCCUUGAUUAUAAGGAAGAACUUGUCAGACAACUAGCUGGUAUUGGUGAUGAUGAUCCUCUCCCAACUAGCGGCAAGGUCAAACCUUCUGGACAGUUCAUUACAGAACACUUACCUGUGUUUUCAGAGGAUGUUCGAUGCAACUGUGUUGUUUGCUAUCAUGAGGGGAGAGGUCAGCUGAGGGUGGCCUCAUAUUGUGAUGCCCCUCAGUGUCAGGUGUUCCUACAUAUAACUAGUGCUAGGAAUUGCUUCAGGGUGUGGCACAGCAAAGACUAUCACCAUGACUAGUUUUAUAUCUGAUUCAGUUUCCCCACAUUGUGCCAUAAGAAACCGUGUAUCAAUUGGCUGUAUAAUUUUAUGAACUAAAAUGUUUACCUCCUUUUGCCUUUUUGCA